AAUAGAUAGGAAUAAUUGGUAAGUAUAAGGCGAAUAAUUCAAAUUGUCGAUUAGUAAAUCGAUGAAGUAAGUUCACACGAAUUUUUUUAUAAAUAAUUAUCUAUGGUAUGGUGCAUUAUUUCUUUUACACGUGUUUUUCGAAGAUUCGUGUUCUUAACUCAAAUUAUAUAAAUAUAAAUUAAUUGGUAUUAUAAUUUAUUACAAGCUAAAUAGAAAGAGAUUUAACCAACAGUCACGGAGAUUUCGGUGAUAAUACUGAUGUAAUAUUAAAAUAAUAAUUAAUUUGAUACAAUUUUUUUUUAAGCUGGCCGAACUUUAUUAUGGGAAUCAGUCACUUUUAUUUGUUUAUUUUAAAUAUUUUUGAGGAUAAUAAAAUUAUAUAAUUAUUAACUAAGAUUAUUCUCGUCCAAUCCACUUAUCUCAUAGAUAUCAGAUCAGCGUAAAAUGUUACUAUAAAUUUGGUGGGAAAUGCAUUUAAGGCACAUUUUAUAUUAGCUAUUGAAAGUCGAACAGUGGAUUACGCAAAUCUGAAGUGCCGUUGUCCAAGUUGUCGAUUAUCGAUUUGUUUUACAACUGCUGCUAUACAUUAUAUCAUACAAUACUUAACUAUAAUUUUUUAUUAACGACACUCGUAGUUUUUACCUCAACGGGGAUUGUGAAUGUAUACUAUUUCCGGACUUAAAAUUACAAUUUAGAAGUUACAACAAUAUAAUUUAUAAACAUGAUCUACUCGUGGUCGGGAAAAACACUUUUUGAAACUUUGAGUAGGAAAAAAACAUUUGAAGUGGAUACUAAACUGGAAAAAGACAAGUUGAAAAGGGUGUUGACCAUUUUUGAUUUGACCGCUUUGGGCAUUGGUGCUACAUUAGGGAGUGGCGUGUAUGUCUUGGCCGGGACAGUGGCUAAAUCUAUUGCUGGGCCAGCGGUAGUGUUGUCAUUCAUCGUAGCUGCGAUCGUCUCUUCAUUUGCCGGAGUUUGUUACGCUGAAUUCGCUGGCCGUGUACCUAAAGCUGGAUCCGCAUAUAUUUACAGUUAUGUAGCAGUUGGAGAAUUUAUCGCUUUUAUUAUUGGUUGGAACAUGUUUAUUGAGCAUACUAUUGGUACAGCAUCCGCUGCCAAGGCCAUGACAAAUUACUUAGAUUCUCUGCUCGGUGAUCCUCAAAAGAGGUACAUGUUAGCACAUUUUCCAAUGCAUAUGCAGUAUAUGGGCGAAUAUCCAGACGUCGCGGCGUUUUUAUUCCUUAUGUUUAUUGCGUUGGUUAUGGCUUGGGGAGUUCGGAAAUCAUCAACUCUCAACACAGUAUUUACUACAUUUAACUUACUGACCGUUGGCACAGUCAUCGUAAGUGGACUUUUUUUUGUUAAAAUUUCAAAUUGGAAUAUUUCAAAAAGCGAAAUUCCACCCGGAGUGGACGGCGGCAAUGGUGGAUUCGCGCCAUUUGGUUGGAGUGGAAUAAUUGCAGGAGCGGCAAGAUGCUUUUAUGGAUUCAUUGGAUUUGAAUCUAUUUCUACGACCGGCGAAGAAACAAAAAAUCCGAAAAAAACAAUUCCGCUGGCAAUCGUUUUAACGUUGGUCUUUGUCACGUCGGCAUAUUCUGUGGUGGCAUCAGUGUUGACCUUGAUGUGGCCGUAUUACGAUCAGGAUCCUAACGCGCCGUUUCCAGUCAUCUAUGAAAACUUGGGUUUGCCUGUGAUCAAAUAUAUGGUUACCUGUGGUGCGGUAUUCGCCCUUUUUACCUCUUUAUUAGGAUGUUUGUUUCCAAUACCGCGAAUACUGUACGCCAUGUCCUGCGACGGUCUGUUGUUUGAAUUCUUGUCGAAGGUUAACGAAAGAACUAAGACACCAGUCAUAGCCACAAUGAUAUGCGGAGUCGGUGCUGGCAUUUUAUCAUCAAUAUUUAACCUCGAACAGCUCGUCGACAUGACGUCGAUUGGCACCCUCAUAUCGUAUUUGAUCGUUUGUGUUUGUCUACUGGUGCUCAGGUACAAAGACACUAAAACAGCAAUUCAGGAUAUAGACAGUAAUUCGGAAGACUAUAAAAUGUACAAAUGGUUCAGUUUGUUCAACUCAAAAGUUACAAACACCAAUACUCAGUACAUAUCAAGAGUAUUGAUAAUUGUUUACACUUUCAGUGCUAGUGUAUUUUGCAUUUGUAUGGUGAAUAUUGACUGUUACGAAGGAGCGUAUCAGUUUCCGUUAAUGAUUCUAAUCGGGAUUUCAAUCACAGUAUCAUUACUUUCCAUGUUCAUGUUACACAGACUUCCACAAGCAGUAGAAAACUUAGCAUUUAGGGUUCCACUUGUUCCUUUUAUACCUUGUGUGAGUAUAACUCUUAAUUUAUACCUUAUGAUGGAACUCAGUGUCAAGACGUGGAUAAGAUUUGGAGUGGGACUUGUAUUAGGGAUAAUCAUUUAUGUAUUUUAUGGCGUUCAUCACAGCUUAGAAGGCAGCAAACAACGAGCGUUAAAAAAUGAAGAAAACAAAAAAACGCUAAGAAUCUCAUCCUAGUAAUAAGUUUUAAAUUAUAAUCAAGUUUUGUAUACUUUUUUUACAUUUGUAUAUUCUAAUUAGUAGAUGAUGGCUAUUGCGUAUAAUAGUCACUAUAACUACAAUUUUAAUAUUGUAAUAAUGUUAUACAUUAAGUAUGUAAUUACUAUUAUAUAAGUGUUAUAUUUUAAAAAUAUGUAUUUAAUUUUUUUUUUUUGAAAAUAUUUUCUAUUUAUAAAUAAUUGUAUUUUUUUUAUAAUGAAAUAAGUAAAUUAUAC